AUGGCAGAAAGUGGAUUGCCGUAUCGGCAAAGACCGGAAGCAACAUUGCGCAGCUCAAGCUGCUUAUCAGGAAGGUGUCAGACAGGACGGGACAGCCUGCAGAGGACUACGGGGUGGCGGCUUCUGGUAAUUGAGGUGCUCCGAAUCGGCCAGCGGCUGGUAAGGGACGACAGGGUUACCACUCAUGUGGCCCUGGUCUCAAGGGCCUUUGGCGCCCGGCGGAUCUUUAUGAACGAGGUAAAUCCGGAGAUCAGGGACACUCUGGAGAAAGUCAACGUAUCCUUGGGAGGGAACUUUGAGGUGAUCUUUGUUGACGAGUGGCGCAAGCUCCUGCACGGGUACAGGCACAGAUCCAAGAUCGUCCAUCUGACUAUGUACGGCGAGCGCAUUGGCAGCGUGCAGGAGCGGAUCCGCCAGGAGAAGGACAUCCUGGUGGUGGUGGGUGCAGAGAAGGUUCCCAGGGAGGUCUACGAUGCGGCAGACUACAACGUGGCAGUUGGGAACCAGCCGCACUCGGAGAUAAGCGCGCUGGCGGUUCUGCUGGACAGAAUCCAGGGCGGGAGCCAGCUUGAUGCCGAGUUUCCGGGAGCCCAAAAGAGGAUUCAUACCCACCGGGCACGGCAAGAGCGUGGUGAGCGCAGGAUCGCGGCAUCCCGGCGCAUCGUAGGCUGCGGCCGUAUCUGCUCCGGCCGCCGGGACAAAUGCAGCAUGCGACGUACCUGGUUUGCGUACCGGCGCUCUCCGGCGCCACACGGGUUCUUCUGCCACCGGCCGUUUUGCGCUCCGGAACGCGGCCUGCAUCAGGACAGUACGGAUCCGAAAUCCCCCGCUCAAUGA